UUCGACGCUUAGCGGAAGUUCGUCACAUCGCGGUUGCCUCUGCACAGCGGAUGUGUGUCGCCGCUUAGGUGACGCUGUGAAGUGAUUGCAGCCUUUGCCGCUGCCUUUUGGUUGAAGCACUAUGGAGGAAGAGAGGAAGAAUAAUAACAAACGGUGGUAUUUUACCCGAGAACAGCUGGAAAACAGCCCAUCCCGUCGUUUUGGCCUGGACGCAGAUAAAGAACUUUCUUAUCGCCAGCAGGCGGCGAAUCUACUCCAGGACAUGGGACAACGUCUUAAUGUCUCACAAUUGACUAUUAAUACUGCUAUAGUAUAUAUGCAUCGAUUCUACAUGAUUCAGUCUUUUACACAGUUUCAUCGAACUUCUGUGGCUCCAGCGGCCUUGUUUCUAGCUGCUAAAGUGGAAGAGCAGCCAAAAAAAUUGGAACAUGUCAUCAAGGUAGCACAUACUUGUCUUCAUCCACAGGAAUCACUUCCUGACACCAGGAGUGAGGCUUACCUGCAACAAGUUCAAGAUCUGGUGAUUUUAGAAAGCAUAAUUUUGCAGACUUUAGGAUUUGAACUAACAAUUGAUCACCCACAUACACAUGUGGUAAAGUGCACCCAACUUGUUCGAGCAAGCAAGGACUUAGCACAGACAUCUUAUUUCAUGGCAACCAACAGCCUACAUUUGACCACAUUUAGCCUGCAGUACACACCUCCUGUAGUGGCCUGUGUCUGCAUCCAUCUGGCUUGCAAGUGGUCCAACUGGGAGAUCCCAGUCUCAACUGAUGGAAAGCACUGGUGGGAGUAUGUUGACGCCACUGUGACCUUGGAACUUUUAGAUGAACUGACCCAUGAAUUUCUACAGAUUCUGGAGAAGACUCCCAACAGGCUCAAACGUAUUUGGAAUUGGAGGGCAUGCCAGCCUACCAAGAAAACAAAAACAGAUGACCGGGGAACAGAUGAAAAUACUUCAGAACAGACAAUCCUUAAUAUGAUCUCCCAGAGCUCUUCAGACUCAACUAUUGCAGGCUUAAUGAGCAUGUCAACUACUUCUACUACAAGUGCAGUGCCUUCCCUUCCAGUCUCUGGAGAGUCAUCAAGCAACUUAUCCAGUGUGGAGAUGUUGCAGAAUGAGCGUUGGCUGUCCUCUCAACCUCCUUUUAAACUAGAACCUGCUCAGGGUCAUCGGACUAGUGACAAUUUAGCACUUAUGGGAAUUGAUCAUUCCUUGAAACAAGAUAGCUCAAAUGCAUUUAUUUCCCAGAAGCAGAGUAGUAAGACUGUGCCAUCAGCAAAAGUGUCAUUGAAAGAAUACCGUGCAAAGCAUGCAGAAGAGCUGGCUGCCCAGAAGAGGCAACUGGAAAACAUGGAAGCUAAUGUGAAGUCACAGUAUGCAUAUGCUGCCCAGAAUCUUCUGUCUCACCAUGAUAGCCAUUCUUCAGUCAUUCUUAAAAUGCCCAUAAAGGGUACAGAAAACCCUGAACAUCCUUUUCUGGAAAAGACUGACAAAACAGCUCUCAAAAUGAGACUUCCAGUGGCUGGUGGAGAUAAAGCUGCCUCUUCAAAAUCAGAUGAGAUAAAAAUGCGCAUUAAGGUCCACACUCCAGUUGAUAAGCACAGUUCUGUAGAGGAUAAUGUCACAAAGAGCAGAGAGCACAAAGAAAAGCACAAGACUCACCCAUCUAAUCAUCAUCAUCAUCAUAAUCACCAUUCACACAAGCACUCUCACUCACAACUUCCAACUGGUACUGGGAACAAACGUCCAGGUGAUCCAAAACAUAGUAGCAGCCAGGCAAGCACCUUAACACACAAAACCUAUAGCUUGUCUAGUUCUUUCUCCUCUUCCAGUUCUACUCGUAAAAGGCCCCCCUCUGAAGAGACUGGAGGGGCAGUAUUUGAUCAUCCAGCCAAGAUUGCCAAGAGUACUAAAUCCUCUUUAAAUUAUUCUUUCCCUCCCCUUCCUACAAUGGCCCAGUUGCCUGGGCAUAGCUCAGACACAAGUGGCCUUCCCUUUUCUCAGCCCAGCUGUAAAACUCGGGUUCCUCACAUGAAACUGGAUAAAGGCCCCAGUGGGGCCAAUGGUCACAACACAACCCAGUCCAUAGACUAUCAAGAUACUGUGAAUAUGCUUCACUCCCUGCUCAGUGCCCAAGGUGUCCAGCCCACUCAGCCCCCUGCAUUUGAAUUUGUUCACUCAUAUAGUGAAUAUCUAAAUCCACGGGCUAGUGGAAUCUCCUCCAGAUCUGGCAAUACAGACAAACCCCGGCCACCACCUCUACCAUCAGAACCUCCUCCACCACUUCCACCUCUUCCUAAGUAAAAAAGAAAAAGAAGAGGAGAAAAAAACUUCUCUAAAAACACAGUUUUGGUUUUUUUUUUGUUUUUGUUUUUUUUGUUUUUUUUUUUUGACUACUAAUAGUGGACUAGAAUUACUUCCCUUAUAAAAUAUGUCACCCUUCUUGGACUAGAGAAUAAAUUGAUACUGAAACAUAGGUGGGAGAGUGGUAGAGGGCCUUGGUUAUUAUAUGUGCUGCCUGAUACAUUUAACUAUUACAGUUUUUACUGGUGUUAGAAAGGCGGGGAUGUGUUGAAACUUGAAGGAUUAAGAACACGGUCUAUUCUUGGCCUCUCCACCUCCUAAUUAGGUUGAUUGGGAUAGUUAUCUUCCCUCUUCUUGCGAGAACUGAAACUUGGGGAGUUUAUCAAAAAAUUGUGGAUUCUUUUGAUGUUUAAUAUAUCAGAAGAGAGGAAGUAUUUAAACGUCAAAAUCUUUUAAGAGACUUUUAAAAAAUAAUUUAAUGAAAGUAAGUUAUCUGUUUAGUUUUUUUAUAUAAUUGGGAGGGGAAUAAGGACUUUGCUGUGUGUAUGAAGUACAUAGCAGUGACUCCUGGUGGGUGGGAUUGAGGGGGGGGGAUACUGUAGAGUGGGUGGGGGGAUAGGCUUUUGGCCAAGAGUUCUAAAAGCAGGCUCAAGCCAGUUGGAGUGUCAAGACCUUUAAGAGUGUAUGUAAGUGUGGAUGUGUUUUUAAGUGUGUGUGUUUAAAAAUCAUGUUUUGUCCCCCUUCCCCAUCCCAUCCUUUACCAUUUUCACUUUCCAGCAGUCUGCUAAAGAGAAUAUGGUGGUUCUUGAGAACAUGAACAAAGAGGCAUGUAUUUGACAUGGAAAUUCUCCCCUUUGUAUGUAAUUGAAUUGUAGCACUCUUAAUAUCUACUUUCAUUAUGAAAACUGCCUUUUUACCCUUUUUCAUUUUGGUGCAAGAGGGAGGUGCAAUUGAAAAAAGUUACAGAACAAGGUCAGCUUCUGGCCUACAGAAUUGGGUACAUCUUUUCUUCUAGUUGGGCUUGGGGAAGAUGUUCAGAUGUGGACAGCCCUGUGUCAUUGAAGGAAAGGGGGAUGUGCUAUAUAAUUUCUGCCUAUGAAAGCUCAUACCAUUCAUGACAAUAAUCCUGCGAGAAGCCAAGGGGCUAGAGUGUGAUUUGGAAUUCUUAGGACAUUAUGUUUUAAAUUACAUUAUGAAUGUAAGGUUUGCUUUUUAUUUGCAUAUCUGAAGGCAGACAACUGCAUCUUUGUGACUUACAUGAUUUCAAAGAUCUGAGCUCAUGAAUUUAAUAGUACUGAUGCCAUGAAUGAUCUAGCUUAGCAGAUAUUAAUGUUUAUAUUGUCGCCCGCUUGUGGCUUUAGAGUCUAUACAGGGGUUCUUAAGGAGAUUUCUAAAAGUUCUUUUAAGAAAAAUGGUCAGGAGUCCUGUUAUAGGGGCUUAUCCUAAACUUUAGGAGUAAACUUUUUUUUUUUUUUUUAGGAGUAAACAUUUUUGAUGAGAAAGAAAAAUCUUUCAAGAAAUCUUAACUAGAAAGAAUUCUAAGUCAAUGCUUCCUAGCCACAGAUCAUUUGAUGUGUUCUUUUCUUUUCUCUCGCUUCUCUCCCUCCUUUUUUUUCCCUUGCUGUGGAAAAGUGCAAUUUGAGUUUCUGUCGUUUUUAAUGCCACUUCCAUCACACCAGAUAGUCUUUAGGGAGAAGUCCAAUGAUUAGAAAUUUUAGGGAAAUCGAAUUUGUGUUGCUGCUUGCCAGGUACAGUUUGGUGGAAAAGCAGGUGGUUACUAUUGAUGAUGUAUUGACCUGAUAGAGGAAGGAAUGUGUAAAAAGGACUAAACUUUAACUGAAAGUGAGCUAGUGUACUGCCUCUGCCAUAUUUGGGCUGUGUGGAGUGCAUGCCAUUGCAGGUAAAAUAGGGGCCUAUAAAUCUGUGAUACAUCUCAAAUGUCAUUUAACUUUUCAGAUGACAUUUUCCUUUUCUUGAUAGAUCCAGUUUUGUGCCAUCUAAAUGGUGGUUUUAUGGCUGUGUUUAUUAAAUUUAGACUUUGUAUUUGUUUAAAUUAAGUUUUUUUCAGUAGUCUGUUUCUCAUCCCUCAUCCUGAAGGGUAGUAUGUCAUUUUGUUUGCAUCUGUACCUUUGUGAAAUUGAUGAUCACUGGUUUGAUUGUGAAAAUGUCUUUUCUAGCUUUUAAUUCUCUUGAAUGUCACAUAUUUUCUAAUAACAUGCACUCAUACCACAGAGGCACAUAACCACUUGAUGUCAGUGUUUCUCUGUGUUCUUCCUUAGAACUUGUCGGGAAUGAAUGAGGAAAAAGUGUUUACUAGGGCCUAAACAGCUGCAUUAUGUUGUAAAGUCUGGCCUGUGCACUAGUCAAUCGUUGUAAACCUGUGCAUGUCAUAAACCACCUUAUAUGGACUCAUCCUGAGAUGUUGCAUUAUCUUUGGGUUAGCAGAUGUACCUGUCAGCUAGUGUAUAUAAUAUCCAAAUUCUGUAAACUUAAUAAGAUUCCUGAGGUUUGUGGGAUUUCUAAAUUGUGUUUCCUACUUUCCUACUUAUAAGGAUGACAAACAGGAUUUAUAUAUGCAAAAUUAGUCUCAUAAAGAUGGGUUUUUUUUUUCUUUUAAUCUUGACUGUCAAAGGUGAGUGAUGAUGGUAAAGUUUGUAAAUCUCAUUCCUGAAAUUUUGCUUGACUCAUGUUGGCAGAAACAAAUACCUGUGGAUUGUCCUGAGGGCCUUUAACCAGAUACUUAUGUUGCUGUCAGCUGAGCUCUAGUGAAACAUUAUUCUAAAUCCAGUUUUUUUUUUUUUUUUUUUUGAGGUAUAGGUCAACACUUUUUGGCUUUAGAAAAUACUUAGGUGUUAGUCUAGUCUUCUUACUCAUGAAUCAGUGUAUUUCCAUAUCUUCUUUUAAAUCAUUUUAGUGUUUUAGUAUACCCUGCAUAGUUCUAUAUUGGCUGCACUGGUGUCAAUAGACAAAAUCUCCAGUUGCAAAUAGCAGUGGAUUUGGAUAUAGAAAUAAAAAUCAUGGUAAUAAUUCUGCUUAAGGAAAUCCCUUAAUUUCCUUAAGCUUCUGCUACCUAAUGCUUCAUAUUGAAAAUGCAUACCACUCAUACCUUGCUUCUGGACAAAGAUAAUUUGAAGGGCCCGAUCCUAGCAUGGUUGAAUUUUAAACAUCUUUGUUUCCUUUAUUUUGGGAACUUUUUAAAAAAUAUUUGUUGAUGAAUUAUUUUGGUACUAAUGUUGAGAAAGGGGAAAAGCUAGAACAUCUUGAAGUUGGAAUACAAAUUUUAUUCUCUUCGGUUUGGGAGAAUUUAAGUAGUGAGAAAUGGCUCACAGUCAUUCUACUGAGCUUUCAAUGAUUUUGAUGCCUCCCGAAAUGUCUCUUGUAUGUUGCUAAUACUCAGCUAGUUUAAAUGUUGUGCCACACAGUCAAGUUUUACUUUUUAAUCCCUCUAUGGAUAUGAGUUUGAAACAAGCAUGGUACUGUAAUCUUACUUGAUAGUGUGGUCUGGAAUCAGAAUUAUUUUUUGAGUGGGAAAGCUCUCCAUUUCAGUAUUUCUAAGUUUUUUAAUAUGAACUUGGCACUGGAAAGGGAAGUAUAAGAAAAAUAUUGUUUAUUGAAAAGCAGUAUCUAUUCUUCCCCUUUAUGAUUGUGCUCAUGGUUGAAUGAAAAGAAAGACUUGGUUUUUUGUUGCUACAGUUAACUUGGAGAGGGAUUCUUGACAGUGUGCUGAUUGAAGCCAGAGCAAGUAUGUCUCCUAAUUGGGAAGUCUUUAGGGAAAGCUGAGGAACUGAUUAGUCAUUAAUCAUAAAGGAUUGGUUAUAAGUAGACAUGCUGUCUGGCUUAAGCUCGCAAAGAAAAGAAUGCAGCAGCCUAAUUUAAGGUUUCUUAAUUUAAAACUGACCUUUCCCCUUUCGUAUUUCACACUUAAAACUCCAUUAUCAGACCAAAGAGCAAAAAGGAAAAACAAAUAAAAAAACACUUUACAAAUUUAUGUCACUCAGGUACAAUUUUGUGGUGAGAUUUUUGUCUGUUUCUUUGUCUUGCUUUUAAGAGUCCUUUCUCAGCAUAUUCUGUAGUUGCCUCUGUUCUUGGGGCACCUCAGUUUUGGAUGCUACUCCUGACAUCCCUCCUGCUGUUAUAUGAAUGAUAGGAUGUGAGUGACCAUUAUCAUAAGGGCUCUUUGUAAAAAAUUUUUUUAAAAAAAUUUUAAAAAUUUGAAAGAUGUGUACAUUUUAUAGUCCGGCUCUCAGUUUGAUAUCUUGCUGUCAAGUGUGUUUCUCAAUUUGUAUUUAUCCAUCCCAUCAAUAAAUGUUAAUGGUGAAACACC